AAAAUGGAGCAAAGAGAAAUCUCUGAAUUUGAAUUCCACAGCGAGGAUGGUAGCAUCAAACCCGAGAAUGAAAGCAAGGAUUACAGCAUAGAAGUCGUCUCAGAGAUCAUUGAAAAUAGUAGCUAUGAGUCAGAUGAAAAUAAGGAGCAAUUUGAACAAGUCGAAAGUGAUAACUCUGAAGAACAGAUGUUAGUACAAGAGGAAGAUUCAGUGUUAGAGAAGUUCAUAACCAAGCGCUCUCCUAAGAAAUUUGAGAUGCCUGAGGCUCAUAUUACUGGAGCUGAUCCUUACAGAGCUGGGAAUGCUGAAAAUAGACAGGCUGAAAAUAUGAGACUUAAAGUCACCACUGAUUGAAACAUGGAUUCUGUUGCUGGGAAUUUGAGCCAAGAAGAUCGUCCUGAGGAAGAAAUGAAGGGCACUACGCCUCAAGAGAAUGCCUCCAGCCAUCCUAACAGAUGGAUAAUUCACUCUAGUAAGGUCAUUGUCUGCUCAUCAGGCUUUAAUCCUGAGAAGAAAGAGUAUAUCAAGGCAAUGGUAGAGAAACUUGGCGGCACCUAUACUUAUGACUUUACUGAAGAAGUAACAGUGCUAAUCACAAUAGACAAUAAUAGUGAUAAAUACAGAAUUGCUCGUGAGGAAACUAAGAUUUAUACAGUGACUGCAAAAUGGCUUAAGGAUAGUGAAACCCAUGAUUACUUCCUCAAGCCAGAUGAUUACCUGUUUCCACUAUUUUAUAAUAGAAUUUUCCAUUUUUAUAACUGAGAAACUCGUGAAUUCCGUGAAAAGGUUAAAGAACACCGGGGGAAAAUCGAGGUUGACAUUAAUGCUUCGAUUGCAUCGGACCUGACCAUUGUAAUUCCUAACCAAGACAUCUCGGAGUAUGUAAAGGAACUACGGAGAGAGUACAGUUUCUUCUCAAAAACAUUUGACGAGAAAACACUUAAACUUGUUACCUUGCCUUGGGUUGAUUCAUACAUCAAUAAUGAUGGAGAGUUCAAAAAUCAUGUAGUUGAGCCUGAGAAUUACCCCCAGACUUCAGUUCUUGCGCCUAAGACGAUUCAUCACAGAGAAAGAGUAAUUGAGAAUUCCAAGACCAACAUUGAGGAGACUAGAACCUUGAAGAACUAUAUCAAAGCCCAGGAGAUCAAUAUUGAGGAACAUAUCAGCAAGCUUAGAAAUAAUCCUGACCCUCAGAUGAGUUUCUUCCUCAUGGAUGCUAACAUCAGUAUGCAUAAUGUCUUUGAGAAGGACGACAAAACUGAAAUCUUCAGGCUGAUCAAUGUCUGAGGAGCUUUCUGCUACGAGUCAUUCAUUCCAGGAAUCACCAGUCAUAUAAUCACUCAGCAUCCUGAUAGAGAGCUGAUCGGAAAGGCAGGCUCGGUUGACAACUCUUAUGGUCCAUUUGUUGUGACCAAACAAUGGCUGAUCGACUCCAUUAUUUCAGGGAAGAGAGCUGAUGAGAGAAAAUACUUGCCUCCAAGUAUUGAGAAGGUGAACAGCACCCCAGAGAUCAAGGUUCUUCAAAAGAGAGAUUCCCGAAAAGCUAUUGGCAAGCUCUUUAGAGGUACCCGUUUUUGCAUACUGCAUGACUCCUAUACUCAUGAGGAAGCUGAAGAGAUCAAACAGAAGAUUGAAGAAAAUCAAGGAAGCAUUAUCAGUGAAUACGUAGAAGGGAGCAUUGCAAAAUACAUCAUUGUCAAUGAUGGCCACCAUUCCUUCAAAGGCUUUAAACCUGAAAAGGACGAGGAUGGCAAAUACACUGUUAGCCACAGGUUUAUAGAUAGGUGAUUGAGGAAUAAGAAAAUCAUUAGUAUCAGCAGAAUGAAGGCUCUAGAUCUCCUGCCAUUCCCUCAUACAUUGCCAUACGAAGAAGUUUCAAAUCUCUGUGUCGCCUUUACUUUAUUCCCAAAGAACAAAGAUCUCGUCGUCUUGGAAGAAAUGGCUAAGCUGAUGGGCAUGAAAGUUGAAUUCAGUGAGGACGCAACCACCCAUUUAGUUUACAAGGAUUAUGAGCCUGACAGUCAGGCCUGUGAGAAUUUAUCAGAGAAUAAAUACCUUAUGAAGAGCAGUAAAAUCCAGAUAGUCAAUAGAACGUUUAAAAACAAAAGAGACCUGAAGUUGGUUAGAUUUGAGUGGUUCUUGCAAUGUAUCCUCAAUGGAAGAAAAGAAGAAGAGGACCACUAUGUUAUGGACAUUGCUAAAUUGUUUGCUAAGUAA